AUGAACUUUUCUCAUGGAUCUUAUGAAUAUCAUCAAUCUGUUAUUGAUAACACUCGCAAAAGUUUUGAAUUAUACCCUGGUCGACCUGUUGCUAUUGCUUUGGAUAACAAAGGUCCUGAAAUUCGCACUGGUAAUAUGAAGGAUGGUGUCGAAAUUCCUAUUACUGUUGGUCAUGAAAUGAUCUUUAGUACUGAUGACAAGUAUGCUGAUGCUUGUGACGGUGAAGUUAUGUAUCUCGAUUACAAGAAUCUUCCCAAAGUCAUCAAACAAGGAAAGAAGAUUUAUGUAGAUGAUGGUGUAUUAUCAUUUGAUGUACUUGAAGUGAUUGACGAUAUCUCUGUACGUGUACGUGCCUGUAACAAUGGUAAGCUUUGUUCUCGUAAGGGUGUCAACUUACCUGGUACCGAUGUGGAUUUGCCUGCUUUGUCUGAAAAGGAUAAGGCCGAUUUACAAUUUGGUGUCAAGAACAAGGUUGAUUUUGUCUUUGCCUCCUUUGUGCGUCGUGGUCAAGAUGUUAAGGAUAUCCGUAAGGUACUUGGUGAAGAAGGUCGUCAUAUCAAGAUCAUCUCCAAAAUUGAAAACCACCAAGGUGUGCAAAACUUUGAUGAUAUCUUAAAGGAAACUGAUGGUGUCAUGGUCGCUCGUGGUGAUAUGGGUAUUGAAAUUCCUUUGGAACGUGUAUUUAUUGCUCAAAAGAUGAUGAUCAAGAAGUGUAACUUGGCUGGCAAACCCGUAAUCUGUGCCACUCAAAUGUUGGAAUCCAUGACCUAUAAUCCUCGUCCUACACGUGCUGAAGUAUCUGAUGUAUCUAAUGCUGUUUUGGAUGGUGCUGAUUGUGUGAUGUUAUCUGGUGAAACUGCUAAGGGUUCUUAUCCUGUGGAAGCUGUCAAGACCAUGCAUGACAUUUGUUUAUUAGCUGAAUCAGUACUCUGUUAUCCUGCCGUAUUCAACGAAUUACGUCAAUUGACUGCUUUACCUACCGAAACCACUGAAACUGUUGCUUGUGCUGCUGUAAGUGCUGCUCAUGAACAAAAGGCUGGUGCCAUCAUCGUGCUUUCCACUUCUGGCAACACCGCUCGUUUGUUAUCCAAGUACCGUCCUGCUUCUCCUAUCAUCGUGAUUACUCGUAAUGCUCAAACUGCUCGUCAAGUACACCUGUAUCGUGGUUGUUUCCCCUUCCAUUAUCCUAAGAAGGCUACCGCCACUACUUCCGGUGAUGUUGGUAGUACUCCUGGUCAUUUGGCUGUUCCCUCUCCCGGUAGUGCCUCUGUUGCUCAUUUGAGUCCUUCUGAAUUUGCUCCUUGGCAAGAAGAUGUCGAUGCUCGUAUCAUGUGGGGUAUGGAACAAGCUAUCAAGUAUGGAUUGUUGAAACAUGGUGAUCCCGUCGUCGCUGUUCAAGGUUGGCAAUCUGGUCUUGGAAACACAAAUACUCUUCGUGUUUUGUUUACUCCUUAA